UCGGGUAACACUCAGAUAACAAAUUCAGACAUAAAAAAGCCCCGAGCAGUCUCCCAAAAUGUGAUUUCCAUAAUCUCGCGUUACAAACCGAGAUCAACUCGCACGAGAUUUGCGGCGGAUGUUGAUGUUUUGAUCCGGAUUUCUGUAUCGCCUCAGUGGUCGUUUUUCACCGCGUCGUGCGAACUGCGUUAUUGCCAAUAUUCCCGUAACGUGUGAGAAACGCGGUCUUUCUCGGCGCUUCUCUCGGGAAGCAUAGAGGCCGAGGCGGAAGGCAAUGAUGGAGGACUUCGACGAGAUUUAUGAGGAGGAGGAAGAGGAAGAGGAGGACGAGGACAGGGCCGCGGAGGAGCAGCUGCUUAAAUACGCUCCGGACCCGGUGGUAGUGCACGGAUCCGGACACGUCACUGUGUUUGGACUGAGCAAUAAAUUUGAGUCGGAGUUUCCCUCAGCCCUUACGGGAAAGGUAGCACCAGAGGAGUACAAAGCCAGCAUAAACCAUGUGAACGGCUGUCUGAGGAAGGCUCUACCGGUGAAUGUGCGCUGGCUGCUUUGUGGCUGUCUGUGCUGUUGCUGUACUCUGGGCUUUAGUCUGUGGCCGGUCAUUUGUCUUAGCAAAAGGACACGCAAGUCCAUAGAGAAGUUAUUGGAGUGGGAAAACAGCCGAUUGUAUCACAAGCUGUGUUUGCAUUGGAGGCUAAGCAAAAGGAAGUGUGAAACCAACAACAUGAUGGAAUAUGUCAUCCUAAUAGAGUUUCUACCCAAGAUACCCAUCUUCAGGCCGGAUUAGCAGAGGCAGGCCAGAACUCAAGCCUCUGGCGUGGUCUUCCUGAGGUGCCUUUCUCUGGUACUGUCAUGGUUUUAUCAUGUGGCCUUGUCCUCUUUCCUUUCACACACUGAGCAAGAGACUCACAUCACACCCAAAGGGCCACUACAGCACUCCUCACUGAGAAAGCACUGUUUACAACCCACACACACAUUUGCACAGGCUAGCGCACACAUCUGUGCUGUUCUAGUUUCGUGAGUGCAUGAAUACACACAGAGGGACCUUUACUGUCACAUGAUUACACAAAACCUGUGAGGAGGCCAUGGAAAGAAAGCUCCAAACUGGACCGUCUACUCUCCCUUAAUCACACAAUCUACACACAAGAUAAGUAACUUCUUGAUGCCUACAACUUUCUGAAUCACUGUGGAAUGGAGCAGGACGAUCUUAGGAAGUGGCAUCUUUGUGAAAUAAUCUGUCGAAAUAAACUCUGUUACUGUAUUGGUUAAAAGAUAAUUUUUUUUAUUAAGGACGCAUAAGGAAUGGUUGAGUCAACCCAGGAUCAGAUAGCUGAGAGCCAAAAGGACACGGUCACUGCACAAUGCAUAGUUUUCCUGUCUCUCCUCCUCACAAAUUAUCAAGCAUACUCGAAGACAGCCAAACACUGACGGUGCCGCCCACCGACUAGACUCCGUUGGGACUUUUGUGAGUCUAGUUAAGUUCACGGACCUGAUUCGGUCCAGGUGCACCAAUGGGCAGUGAUGCAGCACAGAAUUCGUUUUGCUGUUCUCUUUUUUGUUUACUUGCUCAGUUUUAAAAGAUGAGCAUCAAAAGUUUGUCUCUUGAUUUGUGUGCGUGGGUGAUUGUUUCUGUCUGUCCCUAUGACAUACCUUGGUUGUCAUUUGCUCAAAUGUAAGGCAAAUCAAAAACAAUACUAAAUAUAUAGGUCAUAUUGAAAAUGUUAAAAGACACAUUAUAGCAUCAAUUAUUGUGGGCCAAACUAUAUAUAUAAUAUUAUUUUUCUUUAUUUAAAAAAAAGUGUAAACUCACAUUUGUUGGAGCUUCACCAAGGCAGAAAGACAUCUUUUUUUUCAUUUCAUGUUUUUCAUCUCUUUCAAUCCUGGGUACGGUGUGAAUAUUUUUUUGUGAAGACUGUUUAUGCAGGCCUUUUCUCUUUAGUGAACUAUACUUGUGUAAAUGUAUCUAAAUGUAGGUUUAUAAGGCAGCAAUGUCCCAUUACUCUUAAGACAUUUGGUCCUAUUAGAUCUCAAAACAUAAAAAGUACAAAGUGUGCGUGAUUAUAUUACUUAAAUUACAGUGUCCUUCAAGUUCUUGUUUGA